AUGCAAGCUGUUGGUGAAACCGUGGGUCGGGAUAAGGCGAAAGUCUCAAGAACUAUGGAAGAGGUGACCAAUGCCCUAUGUUCAGUUAGUGGCAACUAUAUUCACUGGCCGGACAAUGUAACAGAAAACAAAAAAGCCUUUUAUCAGGCUGCUGGCUUUCCAAAUGUUGCCGGAUGUGUAGACGGGACUCAUGUCCGAAUAACAAAACCGGGAGGUGAAAGACAAAGGCCAUAUAUGAACAGAAAACUAUUUCCAUCCAUAAAUGUCAUGGGUGUUGUAGACCACAAAGGAUGUUUUACUUUUAUGAAUGCAAAGUGGCCUGGUUCUGCACACGAUAGUUUUGUAUUUCGUUCAUCUUCUUUAUGCCAUCAUCCACAGAACAAUGUAAUGCGGCCUGAAGAUGGACUACUUAUUGGAGAUAGUGGGAUUCCUUAUAAAGAUACAGCCAAACUUGCACAUAAAGACCAUUCUUAUGAACCUGUAAGACCCACUCCAGAGAAAGCCAGUAGAGUGGUAAUUGCAUGUGCUGUACUGCACAAUAUAGCAAUUUUACUUGGAGAGCCGGACUUCCCAGAUGAUGGUCAGCAGAUAGACCCACCACAACCAGCAGCACAGUAUACAGGACCAGACGAUGGACGAUUGAUAAGGGACUACAUAACAAGACACUAUUUCUAA